AAUGGGGUUAUAGUGUUCUUGCUGUCGCCAUUAUCAGUUUGCUGUCGCUUGUUGGAGUUGCAAUUAUUCCGUUUAUGAACAGGAUAUUUUAUAAAAUAUCCCUCGUGUUCUUUAUUGCUUUGGCUAUUGGUACAUUGGCUGGUGACGCAUUGUUGCAUCUUUUCCCUCAUGUGAGUGCAUGUUGCAUAUUUUUAAGACUCUAAGAAUUUGUUUACGUGAAGCCGCUUUGCUAGUGUGCGAGGAUAAAAGGCAGAACGAGUUUUGAAAUAAAUCAGGGGUGCACCGGAUAGUGAUUUUUACUAUCCAGCCGGAUACCAGAUUUGCCGGAUAUCUGAAAAAAAUCCGGCCGGAUACCGGAUAUUUUAUCAAUUUGAAUACUUGACAUAUAAUAUAUAUUUAUAAGGAUUUUUCUCAUCCAUGCAUUAGUGCAGAAGAAGGUGACACUAUUUUUUUUUAAUUUUUGAGUAAAUAAUCAAUUAUGGAUAACUAAAAAUCUGUUUUUAACUUUUUCCACCUUUCACGUGCUUCCGAAAACUUCCGAAAGUUUUUGAACGAUGGGAUUUAGUAUGGCUUUUGGUGUCAAACGCUGCGAAUAGUUAAUUAAUUCAAUUAAUUAUAUCAGUAGCUAGCUUCUUCGCAUGUCCUUUUUUUGGGUUUCUAUUCUUUUAGCAUUUUUUAUGUUUCAAUUAACGAAAAUUUAGUACACUUCAUGAAAAACAAAUUAUCCGGUAUCCGGCCGGAUAAUUAUCACUUAUUUACUGAGACCGAGGGAAACAGUGUGUUUUGUGGACCCGAGACCGUCGAUGUUUCAAAACACACUGCUUUCCCGAGGUCUCAGUAAAUAAGUGUUUUAUUAUAUAUCAAUAGUCAAAGAAACAACAAAUUAAAGAACAAAUGAACGUAAAUGCAUGAAAUAUUUUAUUGUUAAAACGUUAUAUUAAAUUACGCUACACUGCAGUUACUUAAAUAGUAAUUAUUAUAUAUCAAUAGUCAAAGUCGCAUUUUUCUAGUGUUUUAUUGGUUGAGAGCAUAUCACGUGAGAGUGACGAAAUUAGGCUGUCUCCCUCGCAACAGCGCGAGAGGGAGAUAAUACGUUAUCGACCGGCGAAUAACAAAAGAAAUCACGUGCGCCAUCACGUGAAGAUGCGACCUUUGGACAUUCCUAGUACGUAAUUAAAACUUUCGCUUUAAGUAACUGCAGUGUAGCCAGUGUUUAAUAUAACGUUUUAACAAUAAAAUAUUUCGUGUAUUUACGUUCAUUUGUUCUUUAAUUUGUUGUUUCUUUGACUAUUGAUAUAUAAUAAAACACUUAUUUACUGAGACCUCGGGAAAGCAGUGUGUUUUGUGGACCCUCGACCGUCGACGGUCUCGGGUCCACAAAACACACUGUUUCCCUCGGUCUCAGUAAAUAAGUGAUAAAUAUCUGGCCGGAUACCAGACAGUACGAUUUUGUCACUAUCCGGCCGGAUACUAUAUCUUGUGCACCCCUAAAAUAAAUUAUUGCCAAAUGAAAAGAACUUUGAACAUCCACAGUAAUCUGGACUUUGGAAAUGAUCAACACCAUCCCAAUUCCUAUUUAAACUUCCCACCAAUUUGCCUCAGAAAAAACUAAUUUCUUUUGACUUUCCAUAUAAUUCUGCUAUCACAUUUUAGAGCCAUCAUCAGGGAAAAAGUAUAAAUAUGAUACAAUAUAUUCAUGAUACGAUACAAUAUACUCAUGGGUUUUUCUAAUGAAUAUACAGUAUUGUAUUUGAUCGCUCAUUAAUUCGUAGUUUUCACAUUUCCCCCCAUCCCAACAAAGCAGUAUCAUGUAUAGUAAGCCGCCCCUUAAGAUUGGUAUAUGUUGGCAUACAGCUAAUUCAAAAAAGGUUGUCCCUUAGGCAGCCCACUAAACUGCUGAAUUUAAAUUAAAACUGUAGUCAUCACACCUUGCGCGCUUAGAGUUUAAGGUUUGAGAUUUUUGAAGGUAAACCUUUUUUGAAACAGAUGUAUAUUGAUUAAUGCUGUGCUGAGUGGUUAUAUUACUACCUUAAAAAACAAGCAGAAACUCGACGUUUCGAGCUAAGGCCCUUUGUAGGAAGGACCUUCGCUCGAAACGUCGAGUUCUGCUUGUUUUUUAAGAUAGUAAUAUAACCACUCAGCACAGCAUUUCCACAUUGGUACUACCUACACUGGUACAGACAGUUUUAGUAUAUUGAUUAACCAUCACUUCAUUUUUAAGGCACUUGGCUUCCAUGCUUCUCAUGACCAUGCUCAUGGUACUGGAUCAUCAGAUGAAAGUGAAGAGAGAGACCAUCUUUGGAAAUUUCUCGUGGCAACUGCAGCAAUAUAUGGCUUUUUUCUUUUUGAGACUAUUACUCAUCUUAUCCUAGGGAAGUCUGGUCAUUCACAUCAGGUUGAGGUACAAUAAUUUGGAUUGCAUCUAAUAAAAUUGUGCAUUUUAAUUAAGGGAGAGAAUAAAUUGACCUGUACUGCUUUAAUUUGUUUUAAACGACAGGAACAAGUGCAGUUGCAACAACAACGACAACGACAUCGACAACGACAACGACAACGACAACGACAACGACAACGACAACGACAACGACAACGACAACGACAACGACAACGACAACGACAACGACAACGACAACAACAACAACAACAACAACAACAACAUUCAUUUUUUCAAAUUAUUUUCUAGCACACUCCAGAAGAAAACAAUGUAAUAGGUGUUGAAUCCCGUACAGAGUACAGAAAUGAAUCUUGCGUUUUAACAAACAUGGUAGGUGUAUUUCGGUUUUUAUCAACUGAACUUAUUGUAAAAUUAUUAAUUGUCGAAAUAUAAGAACAUGUACAAGUCUUUCAAAUUGUUUUUGUUUUUGUUAAAUAUGAGUAUUAUCAAGCGACAUCACAACGUGUCCACAAUAUGCCCAAUGAAUAACAUCAAUUGCUUAAAGGUAAAAAAAUACGAUUUUAAUAAUAACCGAAUAAUUACUAUGUGCUUUCUAAGGCUUAUAUUAAUGAUGAAUCAGAAAAUCAAAGAUCUCACAAUGAUAAAAUAAUCACAACGAAGAAAGAAAAGGUAAUCUAUAUAUUGAUUAUUACCUCCUUGGACCGUUAUAUAUGUUUUCGUCCGCAUUUGUAUGUGUGUCUUUUUAUGUGUAUGCAUAUGUGUGUGUUUGCCUGUAUUUUUUGUUUGCAGUGACGUAAUUUUGGGAUUUCAGUUGGUGGGCAGGUAUACCAAAAAGUUGCUAUUUUAAUGUAUUGAUCGAUUAAUUUACCGUUAAGUUUUUCUUGCUAUACAACCAUUCUGAUAGGAGAAAAAUUGUCCACAAGUUAUUUGAUUGCCCGUCAUUUGGAUGAAAAGUCACGUGAUUGCAACGUGACUUGAUACGAAAAGAAUUGAUACGAAAAUUUGUGGGAUUAAUCGACUAAUAGAUUAAAUUUUGGUUGAUAAAUUUGGAUAAAAAUCAGAUUGAGAAAUUGGCAAUUUCAAAGUUCGUCUUGCUUUGCCGAGCAGAGUAAACUGAAUGUGUAAUAAUUAACCCAUUGUAUAAUUUAUGCAUGAUACACGCGGAGGUAUGCAUUCUCUGAGUGCCCCCUAUAUAAUUAAUAUUAUUAAAAUUAUAGAUUAAGAGUUGUUUCAAAGUAAAUUUUUAAUCAUAUAAAUUUCGUUAAAAAUUAUCACACUGCACUUGGCUGUUCAUUUUCGUUGGUAGAAAGAUGUAGGAAAUGAAUAAUUAAUAAUAAUUUGAGUCAAUUAAAAAGAUUUAUUGUAAGAAGAAGAAUGAAUUAAUACUCAAGGAAAUACGAUGAAUGUUGACUAGUUUGGAAAUAUUUAAAAUCAAUAAUCAUCAACUGAGUCACAAUUAUUCCGCCUCUGUCCCCAAUAUUCUUUUGUUUCAAAAGUCAAAACAAAAAACAGUCUGGUAACUUUUGUUUCCGUUAUGUUCAGGCUGCCGUGAUUGAAAAUGGUUGUGACGGAAUUAGCCCGGAGAAAUCAUCAGCAAUCAAGAAAAACGGAGAAGAGAAAAAAUCAAUUUCAUCUGUGGCAUGGAAUAUCAUUGUUGGUGAUACUAUGCACAAUAUUGCGGAUGGUAUAGCUAUUGGUAUAGCAUUCUCUAAUAGUAUAUCUGGUGGUGUAAGCACUUCCAUUGCUGUGUUUUGUCAUGAACUCCCUCAUGAGCUAG